AUGUCUGCCUUUCACAGGAAUAGCAGCUAUGAUGGGCAUGGGGACUACCCUGGCUAUUCAGGGUCUCAAAAUCAUACACGGAGCCAUUUGAAAACUCAGGAUCAUCUAGAACUUCCAGGUUCUCUGGACAAUUCAGGCUUCCACCAUCUCAGGAGCAACCCAUAUUCUUCGGGCUCUAGAACAAAUCCAGACUACCCCAGCUCUGUAGCAGAAGCAGAUUACCCCGGAUCUCUGAGUAACACAGGCUAUCGCAGCCCGAGGAGUCCUUCAUUCUCUGCACAUUCCAGAACAAGGCCAGACUAUCACGAAUCUUUACCUGAGCCAGACUAUAAUGACUUCCAGAGCGAUCCCUACUGCUCAGAAUCAUCCCCAGAGCCUGACUACCCCGGCUUUCAGCGCCAUUCUGGUUUUGCAGGAAUCAGAAGGAGCACAAACUAUGAAGGUUCCAGAACCAAUGUAGGUUAUUUGGGAUCCUUGAAAGAACCAGACUACCCUGGAGCUCGGGGCAGCUCUGAUAAUCCUGGUCCCAGGGCCAGUUCCAAACUGCCAGGCUCCAGAAGAGAUGUCGGUUACACUGGUUCCAGAAUCGGUUCCUACCCAGACAACUUGGGGGAACCUGAUUACCCAGGUGCUGAUAGUCAGCCAAACUCGCCCCACUUUUAUGGAGAACCGGACUAUCCUGGUGCUGAGGGCUCAAAGAAUGCUCCAGGUUUUUGGGGAGAACCUGAUUAUCCAGAUGCCGAGGAAGGUCAUAGUUAUGGCUCUUCCAAACUGGGACCCCUCAGGAGGAGUAAUGGCAAGAACAAAGAUUACACCGACAGCAUUGAAAUGGCAUUCAUGGAAAUGGCAGGUCCACAACGCCACUCUCUGCCAGGUGAUCCUACAAAUGGCUAUGUGAAUUCUGCUUAUGAGAGAGGAAGUAGCCCUGUCUGUGCAGUUGGAAACCUGCUGCUGUGUGAACGUGACUGGCAUACGUCACCCCAAGGACAAAAACUAAUUUCAUCCCUGAUUCCCAUGACAUCCAGAGACAGAAUCAAAGCCAUUAGGAACCAGCCAAGGACCAUGCAAGAGAAGAGAGAACUUAGAAAAAUAGUUGACAAAGAAAAGAGUAAACAGCUCCUGGAGGCCAACUGCUGUGCUCAGUGUCUGAGCUCCCUUUCUCUG